ACUCGCGCUCAGUUCAGCUAUCGGUAUUUGGAGCGCUGCAUAUGCUUGAGAGUUGAGUCCUCGAAGCUAUCGUCACAAAGCUCAGAAACCUACCAUGAUAUCGACAUUCCAAGUCCAAUCAAUGCUUCUUCUUCAACGCCAUACACAGUAACACUUCCAAAUUCUAACAAACAAUGUUACUCACUUUUUUCCACCAACCGUUUCCACAUUCACCUUCCUUUACCCAUUCACUCUGCACCACUAAUAGAAACUGCAUCCUCUCCCUCUCCUUCAUCGCCUUGCGUCCCCUCCACCUCAACACCCCAAUCCUCAACCUCAAACCAUUCACCCCUAACAGGUUCACUUCAUUCACCACCUACGCUGAUCCUUUUCACAUCCGAUCCCAACAUGUCGCUGGCGAUUCCAAUUUCGACUCUCUUCUUUCGCUUCUUGAAUUGUUAUGCCUGCUUUCCACUGCCGUGGUGUCCGCCACAGUCGCCGUGAUCGCGGCUUCCAAGAAGGAGCCGCUGGCGACAAUUGGUAACCGAGCGUCUCCGUGGGCCGUCACGUUGUUGGUUGUUGGGGUUUUAAUCGGCGCAUGGAUUCGGAGGCGGCAAUGGCGGCGCGUGUGUAUGAAGACUGUGAAGGAUGGGUUGGAGGUGAAUUUGCUAGAGAGGAUUGAGAAAUUGGAAGAGGAUUUGAGGAGUUCUGCGACGGUUGUUAGGGUUUUGUCGAGGCAGCUCGAGAAGUUGGGGAUUAGGUUUAGGGUUACACGGAAGGCUUUGAAGGAUCCCAUAACUGAGACUGCAGCUUUGGCACAGAAGAAUUCUGAGGCGGCUAGAGCAUUAGCAGUACAAUCAGACAUUUUGGAGAAGGAGCUUGGUGAAAUUCAACAAGUUUUACUAGCAAUGCAGGAACAACAGCGGAAACAACUUGAUUUGAUUCUUGCAAUUGGGAAGGCUGGUAAGCUAUGGGAAAGCAAGCAGGAAACUGGUGAAGCACACGAUAUAUUAGAAAUAUCUAACUCAGCUGAGGAUGAGAUAAAACAGGAGGUUCACCAAAUAUGAAUGUUGGGUUUAUACUAGGAGGAAAAUCCCAAAAUUAGGAAAAUCCCAAAAUUUCAGAGUGGAAAAUCUUGGUGCAACAUUCCUUGCUUUUUGCUGUGUAGAUCAUCUAUCGUCACACUAUCAAAUUACCAGAAGUUUAUCAGCACAUAAAUAAUGAUUACUCGUUUUUUCCACAGUAUCUCAAGUUUGCUGUGGAUAAUAGGUGAGGAGAUUACUGAAGUCCAGACAAACUAAGAUGGGAGAAUUUAGUGAACUAAAUCUGGUUCUUUGUGCUUGUGCAUUUUCUUUGAAUUCAAGUUUAUAAGGUACUCUUCAUCAAUUUGCUUUCUACAUGCUCUGUGAUGGCUAUUAAGGGCUCAGCAUUACAUUUUGUCUCUACCCUGCAUGUUUCUGUAUCAUAUUCAAUGGAUCUUCAAUAUACAUCGAUGAAUAGUGAAAAUAUUUGUUGAUUAGAGCGAUAUAGCUCUGACAAACGUCGAGUUUGGACCAUACAUUCGAGGCUUCAGCACCUCUAUACAUUGAACUCUACUGUUGACGAU